AUAUAAUAUUUUCUCACUCUCUCUCAAUUUCUCUUUUUUUACGUCACAUAAGUAAAAAUUAAUUAUUGGUAUAAAUGCAGGUGAAUAUUAUAAUAUGAAUGUUCUGACAUUAAUGCGGAUGUUGCGUGAUAAAUAUGGCAAUAUUGUCAAACUUGAUGGUUUCGCACAAAGACCGUGCAUCUUUUUAUUUUGUCCAGAAUUAUGUAAAAGUAUGUAUCAGUUGCAAGGUAAAUGGCCAAUACGGAUAUCCAUGGAAUCCUUACUUUAUUAUCGUAAGAGCAGAAAAGAUAUCUACGGCGGACAGUACGGUCUCGUGAUAAGUCAGGGAGAACUGUGGCAAAAGUUUCGAACAAAAGUUAAUCCACAUAUGCUGCAACCGCAAAUAAUUAAACCACAUGUCGUACAGAUCUGCGAAACAGUCAACGAUUUUGUAGAAUAUAUGCGAGUAUUGCGAGAUCCCAAAACUCUAGAACUGUCAAACGACUUCAUGAACGAAUUGUAUAAGUGGAGUUUAGAAACAAUGUUUUCAAUCGCAUUGGAUUAUCGUCUGGGAUGCUUAAAGCCUAAUCUUGUCAUGAAUUCGGAACCGCAAAUAAUAAUUAAUUGUGUAAAGGAAAUGUUCGAACUUCUCUACCGUUUAGAAAAUCCAUCGCCAUGGAAAGCGACCAAUAUGCGCAAUCUCAAAAAGCUGUUCCAAACGUCAGAUAUAAUUAAUGAAAUUUCUAAUAAAUAUAUCAAACAUGCUAAAACCAAAUUUUUGGAGACAUCAGAUAACACGAGUCUAAAAGACCGUAGUAUACUGAUGAGACUCUUGUGUAUCGAUGAACAAAUAGCUUAUGUAAUGGUUUUGGAUACACUAACGAGCAUUGAUACGACUAGUAAUGCAGCUGCCGCUUUGCUAUAUUAUGUCGCAAAUAAUGUUAAGAAACAAGAAAAAUUGCGAGAAGAAGUAAUGUCUGUAUUACCUAGCAAAACAACGCCUAUUACACAUGAUAUGCUUGAGCGUAUACCGUAUACUAAAGCAUGUAUCAAAGAAUCAUUGCGAAUGUUUCCUAUCGCUAGUGGCGUUCAAAGAACUAUACAAAGAGAUGUUCUCAUAGGAGGAUACAUAAUACCAAAAGAAUCAUUCAUUAUUGCUUGUCACGGACUUUUUUCAAUGGAUCCAACAUAUUUUCCACUACCGGAAGAGUAUAUUCCCGAGAGAUGGCUGCGAAAUAGUCCCGAAUUUUUAUUGUACGGAAUGUCGCAUCCUUACGCGUAUUUGCCUUUUGGUUUUGGUGCUCGCUCCUGUAUUGGACGAAAAUUCGUUGAGAUGGAUCUGGAGAUAUUACUUUUGAAAAUCAUACGAAAUUUCCGGAUUGAAUGGCAUUACGGACCGCUUGAGUAUAAGAGUGAAAUUAUAAAUAUGGUGACAUCGCCAUUGGCAUUAAAACUUAUCGAUGUGUAGAUUAUUUCAAUUCCGUAAUUCAGUCAUUAUCAUUUUGUGAAAUACAUCAAGAUUUUAUGACAAUAUUGCUAGUGGUAUCCAUCACAUUGGAAGGAACGUUUCUUUCAAAUAUUUUAAUAUUUUAUGACAAAUACUAAUUAUGAGAAAUACUAAUACAUGUAUAACAGUAUAAACACAUUACAUACAAGAUGUCUAAGAUAUGAGUACAUAAUAGGUACAACGGAAGCAUUUACUAGAUAGAUGCUCAACCGCUCAUCAAGUAGCAAUUAAAAAUAAAUGGUUCUUACCUUUAGAUUAAAAAAUUAUUUUUAUUAUAGACUCUAUAAGAUAAUACUGCAGUAUGAUCUGUAUAUUCAUUUUUAAGACCAUCUUAAGUUCUUUUAAGAUGUUAUCAAUCGAUCAUUAUUUGACUGUAAAUACCGGCCUGUAUAUGUGUAUUUUCUAUAUAAUAUUAUGUAAAUAAAGUA